AUGAACGGAACAACAGGUAAUUAUAGUGUCACGUGUUAUAUAUAAUUGGUCAAAUGAUGCAUUUUUAAUAACCCUACCCAUUAUUAUAAAAAUCGAAAUCUAGUUGGACGAAAAGAAGUGACGUGUAGUUGGACAAACUUCCUCCAUUCCUCGUCUUCGUCACCUGUUGACCUAUGUGAAACUCUUUCUGCUGGCUGUUUGGCACGUAUCGAUCAGUUGUUUAUCCCAAAAAUUGCUCUUUCGCCUUAAAGCUUAUGUCACAUUGGCCUAAAACCUCAUACGUACUACUACAAUAACGAUCACGUGUUGAACAAAGCCACACACAUUUCCAGCUGGUCGCUUUCUAUUCUUUCCCUAUUUCUUAUCAGUUUUGAUCAGAAUCAAAAAACUAGACUCUAAGACUAUUAUACCUCUCCCACCAUAUUCUAUGUACACAAUCGAUUCAAAUUCAGAGCAGAAAAUGACGCUCGCGAGUCAGUCUAUCGAGGAUUUCAAGGAAUGUUUGUAUCAAAUGCAAGAGGCUCGAAAAGCAGUGACCAAUGAAAUACUCGAGACUGGACAUGUGGAAGCGGAGAAAGUGCAGAUUUUCCGGCAGACACUCAAGGAAAUGUGCGAUGAACGCACUUCUCAUUCUCAUAUUCGCGAUAUUCAUUCAAGAGGAACCACUUUUGGUAUAAACAUUCAGGAUGAGAUUAAGGGAUUAGAGGUGAGUAGAGUUUCAUCACAAAAAGUUUGGAAAAAACGGUUUUCAGAAAGAUCGCCGUUUUCUGGAUCUGUUCGCUAACAAGACAGAGCCCGAGGAAACACUCGCCGCCAAGUUGAAACUCUGUGAUCUGCCUGGCCUUCUUUCUUCCUAUGCCCUUGGCAGUAAAUUCAUCGAAGAAGUCAAAAACUGCAAAUGGUUUUGGAUGUGAACUUUCAUCUUUAACGUUUUGAUCCGUUUUUCAGUUUUCUUCUGGAUUUGAUCGACACCAGUUCAACGGACGGGAUCAAACCGUUGUUCAUCACUGAUUGGGAUGGAACGAUGAAAGAUUACUGCUCACAGUAUGCUACUAACCUUCAGGUACGUACAUAAAGGGGCAAAUAACAGAGUCAAGUAGCUGGGAUUCAAAGAAAACCCUUGAACAUCAGAAAGAAAGGGCUCGAGCCAACUUACUGCACCAAGACAUUGUAGUGAGUUGAGAACAUCCCUUUUUCAGCCUGCCUACAGUGCCGUCGUGAUGGGUGUCUUUGCCCGUUUCUUCACCCGCGUGUUCGCCGUACUCACUGCCGGACCUCUCCGCCACCCAGGAAUUCUCGAUCUCACAGCUCUUCCCAUCAAUGGUCCGGUCCUGUUCAGUGGAUCCUGGGGCCGCGAGUGGUGGCUCGGUGGACGUCGAGUGGUCCAUGACGACGGAAUCCCGGAAGAGGGAAGUGUCGCCAUCGGACAACUGUACGAACAACUCGAGGAAAUUCUUGGCGAAGGAGAGUUCGUGCAGUUCGCCCUUGUCGGCAGUGGAGUGCAGCGGAAAGUGGACAGACUGACGCUUGGAGUUCAGACUGUUUUCGGUCAGGUUCCUCCAGAACUAUCCGCCAGAUACAUUGACGCUGUCAAAGAGCGUAUUCAUCGUGUCGACCCAAACAGUCAGUACCUGGUGCUUGAAAACUGCUCGCCACUGGAAAUCGAAGUUUGUGUUCAUUCAUCGGGUAAGAUUUCCAGAUGCUUCACAUGUUCUUCAUGUAAAAAUCGGUUUUACAGGAACGGUUUGGAACAAAGGAGACGGUGUGAGUGCUCUUGUGGAAUCUCUUCACGAUUCGCUAAAAAUCGGAAAAGUAUGCGUGGCCGGCGACACCGCCAGCGACGUGCCAAUGUUGCAAAGAGCGGCAAACGAGAAUCCAGAGGUUAGUUUAAGGCGGUUAUCACAAAACAUACGUGACUUUGAUGAUUUCAGCAAGUGCGCGCUCUAUUCGUCGAUGUCUCCAAAAAGCUUAAAGAGACUAUCACCGGAAUAGUCGGCGACCCGGACCGUGUGUGUUUCGUCUCCUCUCCAGACGUUGUCCACGCGGCGUUUGCGCAAAUCAUCUGCGAUUUGACUGCCCAUCAGUAAAAUGGAUAAAUUUUCUCUUUUUCGAGUUUGUAGGCGACCCUGAUGUAUGGCUGAGUCAAGAUCCUUAUCUCAUGUCGCCGUUGCAAUGUUGUGCGGUCGAUACUGACCGCAUUUCAUCGAAACGGACGGCCAAACCUGCCCUCCCCUCUCUUCCCUACGCCUGAUUUUUCGCCUGAUUUUUGAUUGUUAACAACCACGUGACUAUUAUUUUCCCGACCAAUCGUUCAAUAUAUUCAAUUGUCCAGAUCUAGACCAGGACAAAUUUAGUCAUACAUCCUCAUCCUUCAUCCUUCUCCUCGCCCAAUUUCCAAUAAUUUUAAUAAGUCUAGUCGGGUUUUGAUUUCCUCUUCAAUUUUUGGUUUUAUGUGUUAAAAGAAACUUGGUAGUUGUCUUAUUUUUUUCAUUUCCUGUCAUGAAUCGUAUUUUCCAAGAUAGAAAUUACCUCUUUCGGUACAUGCGACCUCAUUUUACCGCAUAAAAAAAGCAUAGGCGGAUGAGUAAAACAACUUUUCAGAAUGCUCGGUAGAGCCACAAGCCAGUUUUUCAAACAAAAACGAUUCACCCGCCUGAUUCAGACUGGAUUUGAAUACGAGCACAAGCAUGAUGAUAAAAAUUAUUACUGUAAGUUGCUCAGAUUGAAUGUUCUAAGAAAACCACUCGUUUCCAGACAAAUAUGCAUAUAUCGGAGGCGCCACGACAGCAGGUCUUCUCGGAUAUCAGCAAUUUAUAAAAACAGCAAAAGCAGAGCAUGUGCAGGACGAUGAAAAAGAGAAGCCAAUCACAAAAUUAGAAGAUCUCCCAAUGUACAAGCAGGAUGAUGUGAAACAACACGGAAGAAACGCCGAACGGAUCUGGGUUACGUACAAAGAUGUUGGUCUUUGCAUUUUCCAGUGGUUGAUGAACUAUUUUAGGGUGUCUACGAUGUGACGGACUUUGUCGCAAUGCAUCCGGGAGGAGAUAAAAUUCUUCUGGCCGCCGGAGCAGCGGUUGACCCGUUCUGGGCACUAUACUCGCAGCAUAAAACCGCAGAAGUGCUCGAGAUUCUGGAAGGUUAUCGAAUUGGUCGAUUGGAUGUGAAAGAUGUGCCAAAAGUGAGUGCUCUGCAAUGUUACGGUGGCAACUAAGUGGGAAUUUCAACAAAAACUAGUUGCAUUGAAACUAGACCUUGUUGCAUUUUGAUAUUCUAAACAAAAACAACGAACAAUUGGACUUGGAGUGGAUUUACUCAGAAGUUAAAUUAGAGCCUGCACACAGCAAAGUUUUGACAGAAUCAUUGUCUUUUUUCCAACAUUAAAAUAUCUCUAGUUGAACAAAUGCUGAUGAACUUUACAGGACAAUAGUGAUCCUUUCGGUUUUGUGAGUCAGAAACCGAAACGCGUACAUACGCUUCCAUAUCCACCGAAUCAUCCUCUCCCAAUGUCGUUACCUUUGUUUGCUUGUUUACAGGCGGAACCGGACGCAUUUUCAAAUGAUCCGGAACGUCAUCCCGCUCUAUUGGUGCGUAAUGCGAAGCCGUUCAACGCCGAAUCGCCGCCAUCCCUUCUUACCGAUCACUUUUACACACCCAAUGAACUGUUCUUUGUCCGAAAUCAUCUCCCAGUCCCAGAUGUAUGUGAAAACGAAACGAAACAACAAAAAGGGAAAACAUUUACAACUUUCAGAUCAAAUCAGAUGAACACGUACUGACUGUCCAAACUCUGAAUGGAAACACUAUCGAUUUGUCGGUGGAUGAACUGAAGAAAAAAUAUAAAGCGUACACAAUCGGAAGUGUGAUUCAAUGCGCUGGAAACAGAAGGGCUGAUAUGCAUCAAUACAAAAAAGUGCAAGGAUUGAUGUGGGAAGGCACAGCUAUCAGUAACGCUGAAUGGACGGGAGUCAGGCUCAGGGUAUGUGAAUUUUGAACAAUAAUACAUAGUAAUUCUCUAAACAUAUUGUAUGUAGGAUCUGCUCAAGGAAGCUGGUAUUGACGUGUUUGACGAGAAUAUCAAGCACGUUCACUUCGAAGGAGCUGACGUGGAUCCCACCGGAACUCCUUACGGGGCUUCCAUACCAAUGGAGAAGGCGAGAGAGAAUGAGUGCAUUGUGGCGUAUCACAUGAACGGGGUGGAUAUCCCCAGAGAUCAUGGUGCUCCCCUUCGUGCCAUUGUUCCAGGUGCAUACACAUUUUUAUGGCAAAACUCGUUUCAACAGAUAUUUUGUAGGAAACGUUGGCGCCCGACAAGUGAAAUGGCUACGAAAGAUCAUUGUGAGCGAGCGAGAAAGUGAUAGUCACUGGCAACAGAAGGACUACAGAGCCUUCUCGCCGGCAGUCAACAUUGGCGACGAACUCAAGUGGGAGACGGUCCCUUCGAUCCAAGAGUAUCCGGUUCAAUGUGUCAUCUGCUCUCCGGCACCGAACACCAAAGUCGAUAGAGAUGACGGUAUUGUUGACAUUUCCGGAUACGCGUGGAGCGGCGGUGGCCGAGGAAUCAUCCGAAUCGAGGUCAGCGUUGACGGCGGAGAAUCCUGGAGCAGCGUGGAAAUGGAGCAGGAGAAGAAACAGGAUUUGGAGCACAUGUAUGCGUGGACCUUGUUCCGGGCUGAGGUCAAGAUUCCUCCGGGAGUCAAAGAAUUCAACAUUAUCGCCAAAGCUGUCGACCGAGCUUACAAUACCCAACCUGAAACGGCUAGCGGAAUCUGGAACGUCCGUGGGCUCAUCCACAACGCAUGGCAUAAAGUUCCUAUUACUGUGAAUGAUUAG